GAAGUUUACACAAUCGAUUAGUUGUUUGCAAUUAUAAGACGGUAUACGAGGCACUAUUUGCAGCAGCAAUUUUAAGAAGAGACUGCCGCAGUAGAACUUCAUCAAUUACAACCCUGGAUUUGUAGGCGUCUAUUGGUUUCAAGGCUUUCAGCUAAGGGCUAAGGCUUGUACCGUUUGGUAUUACUUUACAGAGGGCGGUCAUUUGAGCAGCAAGUGAAAAGAAGUUGAAAACGGCAGCCACUUAAAAGGUGGUAACUGACGAAACAGUUAAAUGUAUGCAAGUAAAAAAAUAUUAGAAACAAUUAAUUUGAAAUCAUGGAACCUAAACCAACAAACUGGAUGGAACUGCGAUUGUCGGACAAACUUUAUUUAAAGAUAAUAGAGUUGAUCAAUUGGAGAAGCAAAUGAAACAGUUGCAAGAAAAUUUUGACAAUAUGGAAAAAAAAAUAUGCUUUGCAGGUGAAAAAAUCUAAAGGAAGUGAAUUUAAACAAGAGGAUCGAUAGAAACACUUAGUGAAAAUAUUAAAAUGAAAAAUGAAAAAAUUGAAGAUUUGCAGUUGCAGAAGACUAAGUUGGAAGAGAAAUCAAAUGAAUUAAGAGAGAAAGUUAAAGAAAACGAACUACUAAAGGAAAAAAUCCAAUUGCUUGAAACGGAUCACCUAAAUUUAGAAAAAAAUCAAAAUCCGUCAGUACAUCAAUUGCAAGAAAAAUUGACGCUAGAACGUGAGCUAAGGGAACUGAAAGAAAAGUACAGUAAGGAAAAGAAAGCUUUAGAAGAGGAACUAAAUUGUCUUCAAGAAGAAAAGCAAAUGAUAGAAAAAAAACUCGUUGCAGUCAUUGAGGAAAAACGCAAAUAUUACGAACAGUUGAUGAAUUUAAAGGAAGAAUAUGUCCUAUUAGAGGCGUCUUAUAAAGAGAAAGAAGAUAUCCAGAGUUUAUUGGAAAAUCAAAUCCAAACUCUUAACGAUGAGAAGGCAAAAAUGGAAGAAAGCCUAAAAGAAUUAGAACAUUUAAAACACCUACAAAAUUCUGAAUUAGAAGAAAAAAAACAACGGCAGGAGUUAAAGAAAGGAAUUAGCGAUAAUGUUGUCGAAAGAGGUAAACUUGAAGAAGAAUUGAUUGAACUUCGACCGAAACUAGACAAACUUAAUUCUACUGACAGCGAGAAACGGCACGUUUUAUUCAAAAAAGAGAAAGAGCAGGAAUCACUAAGACUCAAAAUCGACCUCUUGGAGGCCAAGCAGGAGAUGUUGGAAGAAAUCCAAACAAAAUUAAAACCAAUACAUGACACCCCAGACGAUAUGUUAUGUCAAAAAUGUGAAGAAACGAUAGCCUUUUACAGAAACGGUUGUAUUACCAUGAAAGGUGAAGUACAAGAAAAUAAAGAGAAAGUAGAACAAGAUAUACGUGAAGUUGAAAAGGAAGUAAAUGAAAUAAAUCGCGAAUGGAGUGAUAUGUUUUGGAGACAAUGUAGGGCAGAGCAUAGGAUCGUCGAACUAGACAGACGCAUAUCUGUGCAACAAGAGCAAGUAGAGCGGGUCGAAUAUCAAAUUGAACUAUUGAACGAAAAUCAGAAGAAGAAAGAAGGAAAUCUUUUACGUUUAAUUUAUCAAGAAAUGAAAAGAAUUCAAAAACUUAAAGAAUUAAAUCAAAAACUCAGAGAAAACAAGUUGCUGGUGGAAGAAAUCAAUUCACUUGAGGCAGAGAAAAUUAAAUUAGAAGAAAAUGAAAAUAAGUCACGAGAAAAACAACGAGAGUUAGAGAAAAAACUUAAAAAAAUGAAAGCGAAAAAUGCUUGGGAAAAAGAUGUUUUAGAAAAAGAACUAGACUCCUUUCGAGAAGAACAACAAGCAACAGAAGAUCAACUUGAUAAAGCCAUUACAAGCUUCGACGAAUAUAUAUUUAAUUUAAUUGAAGAAUGUACAUUAUCCCGGAAAAAGACAAGAAUCGAAUUGGAGAAGGAAAUUUUGGAAGGCGAAGUGAAGCAGCUAAUAGAAGCCAAAGAACGGCAGAGGACUGAGUUAGAAGAAGAAAUUAAUGAGUUAAAAAUAAAGCACUUUAACGAGAGGAAAACUUUGGAAAAACAACGAAAGCAAGAAUUAUCAAGAGCCGAGGAACAACAACGAGAGGUCGUUGAUGAAAAAAAUGUACUUAAGAAACGAUUGGAUAAACUACAAGAACAAUACAACGAACUUCAAAUAGUUAAGGAAAAGAAGUGCAAAAGUAUCGUAACGAUGAAAAAAUAUAUUUUCUUUUCUUUACUCAUCAUAUUCAUUGAAAGGCAAAGAAUAAAUGACAACAGUUUGCAAUCGCGGGAUAGUAAAUUGAAAGAGAAAAUUGGCGAACUAUAUGCAGAACUAAAAGAAAACGACUUAGUGGAGAUUGAAAUUGAAUUCCUUUCCCAAGCGAGAGGAAAUUUGGAAGAGGAUGCAAAGAAUUUUCAUGGCCCAGCACAGAAAGAAAACUCUAAGUUGGCAGAACUGAGGCGAGGAAAGCAAAAGCUUGCCCAAGCGAUGAAGGAUAGACACGUAAAGGCAGAGUAUAAUCAAAACACUAAUUUGCUGAAUCGUAAAAUUAAAAUUCCUAGUGAACAAGGAAAAGGGUUUCAUUCCGUCGAACACGAGAAAUCUGUUGCAGAUUUGCUUGAUCUGCUUGAUGAGACGCACAAACAUGUGACGGAAGUUCAAGAAAUUUGUGAAAUGUUAUGCAACGGCUGCACCUUCAGAACUCAGCCACUUACGAAGGGCGAAGAAUUUGACUUCAAAUAUUUACAAGAGGAAAAUACACAUCUCCUUGGUACAAUAAUAGCACUCAGUCGAGUCAAUGCAAGUUUGCCCUCGCAUAAUGGCAUGUCGGAGGGAGAAACUAAUGAACGGAUCGAGGAAAUAAGGAAUAAUAAUUUACUAUUGAAGACACAAAUUCAAUUGGAAGAAAGAAAAAAGAGGCAAGAAUUAAGAGGCAUAAUGGCUACUGCGACGUCUUCGAAUGAAGCAAGUAGUGCUAUGCAAAUGCUGACAGAUGAAUAUCAGCGAUUACAAAAUGCUAUACCGCGUCCUCUAAGUGAAAUGCAGCUAUUUGUUCUCCGUCAUAUUCAAGAGCAAUACGAGAACUUGCAAAAUAAAUGCUUGCAAGAAGAACGGGAGCACUUGGCAGAAAGUGAAGCUUGGAAAGAAGAGUGCAAUCGUAUGAGAGAGAUUUUACAAGAUGCUUAUAGACUGUUGCAAGAGAAAGAAAACUUGAACAAAUUACAAAAGAAAUAUGAUGACUUAUUCAGAGAAAAUGAUAUUUUAUUAAAAGAGAAAAGAGAACAAGAAAAUACUUCUAAAGAAGAGAUUGAUUCUCUUCUAACAGAAAACGAAACUCUAAAAGCAGAAAGACGGGAACUGAAAGAGAAUAUUUGCCACUUAAAUACCGAUUUAGACAUCUUGCGUUCUGAUGCAGGAUCAUUAGAGAACCGUGAGUUUAGAUAUCAACGUCAAAUUGAAAAACUUGAUGGCGAUAAUAAAAGCUUAUUAGAAAAAAUAACGCAUUUACAGCAACGAAUGCGAGAUGAGGAUGAAAACAACGAAAAAUUGAAACGAGACAAUGAACAGCUCCAUCAAGCAAGUAACGAAAAGGAUGAAUGGCGAAAAGAAGUAGACAAUUUGAAUGAAAAAUAUUGUUCACUUCGAGCACAUUGCACUGCUGUAGAAGGUGUCAGAAGUAAAUUGCAAGAACAAAUCAAUUCAUUAAAAACUCAAAAUCAAAUUCUUGGUGAUGAAAGGAAUAAUUUAAAAAGUCUAAGCCAUCAACGAAAGAUUGACUGUGAAGAGCAAAUUAAACAAUUACGAGCAAGUUCUUCAGAGCAGAAAGAAAACUUUGAACAACGGUUAAACUCUAUUCAAAAUGAGAAGUUGGUUGCCGAGCAACGACUUCAUAAAUUAAUUGCUGAAAAGGAACAACAAUUGAGUCGAUUGCAAGCUGCUUUGGAUAAGUUAAGUUCAGAAAAUUCGAGUAACAAGGAAAGGCUAUCAACUUUAACCCAGCAAUAUAGCAUUUUAGAAAAUGAAUCUAAAAACAUACGUGAGCAUAAUAACUAUCUGAUGGGUACACUUAAAACCUUGACCGAGGAAAAUGCCAGUUUGCAGUCACAGGAAAGGCACAAUGUUCAGCUAGAAAAUAAAAUUCAAUCGAAAGAUAGGGAAAUUAAAAAUUUAAAAGAAAAUUUUGAAAAAGCUAAGGAUUUAAAACAACAGCAAAUGCAUGAAUUAGAGGAGCGACAUAAACAAUUGCUCAAGUCUCAACUCGACGAAAAUAAAGAGAAAUUUGAUAAACAAUUUUGCCAAUUAAGUGCAGAGUAUUUUUUACUUCGCGCCAAUUGUAAAAAGUUGGAAGAAGAAAAAGACAAACGAGCGGAAGAAGUGUUGUCGUUGAGCAAUGAAAAUGAAGAGUUGAACGGCAAAAACUCAAGUUUAGAAGAAAAGCUUAGACAGGAAGCUUGUUUAAAAGAACAGCAAAGGUCUAUGCUAGAGGAAAGACUUACGCAAUUACAAGCGAAAUACUCCGUAGAAAUAGAUUACUUAAAGAGUCAAAUCAAUUCUCUUCAACAAGAAAAAUUCGCCGGCCAACGUGUAUUUAAUGAAAAGGAGCAGCUAGUGAAGCAAUUGCAAGAUGCUCAUUAUCAGUUAACGCAACAAAUUAACGUUUUAACGGAGCAAUUAAACAGCCUGAGAGAGAACGAUUUAAAGCUUCUACAAGGCGAAAGGGAACAUCAGCUUAAAAAGAUAACAGAUCUAUGUAGCACAAUAUCGGAAAAGGAAAAAGUAAUAACAGCUCUAUGCGCACAUAAUGAAAACAUACAGUUAGAGAAAAGCAACUUGAAAGAACAACUGGAGAAUUCUGCAAAGGAAGUUGAAAUGAUAUCCGGUUCUAAGGCAAAAUUGCAAGAAAUGUAUGAUGCACUAAAUUCAAAACUGCAUAUGUUGCUUGAUAAAGCAGGUCGUUGCACUCGCACAUUGCAAUCUACAUUAAAUCACAAGGAACAAACGCUGGAUAAUCAAUUGAGACAAUUCAAUAGAUUACAUCAAGAAUUCGAAAAUGAUAAAUCAUUUCUUAUGGAAGAGAGUAGAAAAAAAAAUUUGGAGAUUAUCAAGUUGCAAAAGGAAAAAGAAAACUUGGAAGAGAUUAUAAAGGAAAUUAAAGAGAGAGAAAGAAAACUACUAGACAUGCAAAGCAAAAAUUUAGGAGCAAAUAGGAGAUCUGAACGUAUUUGUGGGUAUGAUAUUCGACGCUGGCACUCAUAUAUAAAGCAUGACAAGGGCACAAUGACAACAGAGUGUGCAGAAGUAGAGGUAGAAACCAUUUUGCCGACAAAUCAGAGCCAAAACAACGCUAUUAACGUUAAAUUGAAAAAUUACUUACCAAAGUCCAAAAGCUUUAUUUUACAAAAACCUUCGACAGAAGACCAUACGAAGUGCCAAAGAGAGCUGAGUCGCUGCAAAUUAAAUUUCUCCAAUGCCGAAUUGCAAAGUGAAGAAGAUCUGCUUGACUCGCAUACCGGCAGUGAGGACACAGAAAACUUGGUUCAAAGUUUAGAAGAAAAAGAGAGUUCGGCUCGUGAACUUUAUGAUAUAUCAUUGUCGAUUUUACAGGCGAACCGUAUGCGAUCAUUAAAGAAAAGAAAAAUGGAAGAAGUGCCUCAUGCCCUACAAAGUAACGCUCCCAUAAUUGGCGAACCCAAGUCAAAUAAAAAGCAAGGAAAUGAAGAGAUUUUGAAAGCAAUGAAAAGAUUGGAAGAUAAAAAUCAACAAUUAGAAAAACUUUGCGCAGGAAAAAGUGAAUUAAGUGAAGUGACGCAACUUGCUUUAGAUUAUGUAAGACUCCUAUGUAAGGACUUACACGAUAAGUGUGCACAAGUGACAGGAUCAGAAGAAUUGAAACAAAAACGUUUUUUACCAGGAAAGUUAUUGCAAGAGAAAGAAAGCCAACUGAAGAGAGUUCUUGCAGAAAAGAUGGCAGAGAGAAAAAAAACUUUAGAAGAAAAACAAUACGAAAGAAAUCCCGAUAGUUAUUUGAAGCAAACACUUCAAUCUCAAUCAGAAAAUGCUUUCAAAUUAAGUCAACAGCUUAGUAAACUCAACAAAGGUGGUGAUGAGGUGUGGAAUGUAAUGAUGACACUUGAAAAAACAAACCAAAGUUUACGAUUACAGAAGAGCUUAAUGGAAGAAAAGCUUAAUGAAUUAACUAAAAUAAGGGCAGAAGAAACGGGUUUUCUAAAGGCAUUUCAAAAUGAAAAUGAAAACUUAAAACAUAUUAUACAGCAAUUGCAGAAUCAACAACAAAAACAACAAAGUACUUCAGACGAUGAGCUUAAUCGAUUAAAAGCAAAAUAUUUUGAUGAGAAACAAACCACAGAAAACGAAAGGAAAUGUCUUCAACAAGCGAAAGACUCUAUAGAAGAAGAAUUGAGGCAAGCAAUUGAAGCGAAGAAUUUGACCGAAAACAAACUAAGUGAACUGAGGGAAAAAUAUGACUCACUUAAGGAGACAUGCAAUCAAAUUGAAGGACUCAUUAGUGAAAAAGAAAAAUUAGAAGAUAAUGUGACCCGUUUACAAGUUUUACAGGAAGAAAAGGAGGAGUUAGUAACAAUACUUUUGAAUGAGAAAAAAAAUUUAGAAAAGCAGAAAGAGGCAGUAGAGAAAGACAAAAAAGCAUUAAAAAGUAAUCUUUACGAUUUACAAUCAGAAAUCAAAAAACUCGAUGACGACUUGCAAAGCCGUGAAAAAAGAAUUUCUAAAUUAGAAGAAGACUUGGAAAAAGUUUCUAAAAUGAAAGAAGAUUUAAAAAAGGAACGAGAUUCUCUUGAAAAGAUGAAACAGGAAUUAGAGCAGAACCUUUAUGAAAUAACUGAAAAAAAUAAUAAAUUAGAAAAAAUGAGCGCAAAACUUUCUAAAGAGAAAAAGGAUUCUGAAAGCCAACGAGAUUCUUAUGAAAAAAAACUUCAUAACAUCACUGAGGAAAACCGUAAACUUAAAGAAAAAUGCGAAAAGCUGUGUCAAGCUAUAGCAACGCAAGAUAUGUGUAAGUUGAUAGAGCGUUUACAAUCGGAGAAUAAAGCGCAGAAUCAAAAAAUAGAAGAAUUAGAGGACAAAACGAACUCUAUGCAGCCGUAAAAGUCUAAAUCGGAAGAUCAAUUAGACAAUUUAAGAGGAAAUGGUGAAGAGAACCACUCAAGACAGAACACCACAAAGACAGAACAGCAGUAGAAUAGGCAAGAACUAAAAGAUCCAACACCAAGACGAAGAAAUCGGUGACGACAACGAAAUAGACGAUGAGCAGUUGCAAUGAUCAUAAGACAUUGAAGUUGAAAAAAAAAAAAAAAAUUAGAAAGCGUGGAUGAGCACAAAAGGAAAGGGGAUCGUAUGGAAAAAGGACUUUUGCUUGAUAAGCGAAAUUGAUUGCAUUCUUGAGAACCAUGCACCCAACGCACCAGCCCAACAUAACAAAAAAGUAAUGUGCAUAUUUGCUGCAUUUCCCUAUUAGUUUAAGGGUAUUUAGUCCAUUAUCGUUUAGGUUUAUUCAGGCAAUUCGCCAUGAAUCAGUAAAGUUGAAUCUGCUUAGGUUAGGCUCAUUAGGAUAAUUAAUAUUUUUAAUUUUCCCUACAUUGUUUUUUUGUGAGAGUUUUGUGGAAAUUCAAAUUCAUUAUCAUGCCGAGGCUACGAAGAAAACAUUCUGAUCUUCUUUCUAAUUUUCCAGUCUCCUAGAAUCCGUAGGAAAACUGAAUUGAACACUUCACUUUGCGUAGGGUUUACGAAGCACGUCUGCCUGCACAACAUAUGAGCAUAAAAAAUGAGAUUAAAUAUUAAAUAAAAUAAAGUUUUAAAUCAAGGUCGCAUGAAGAGUCACAUUUGAAGCCCGAUUAACGUUGAGGUUUGCAUAUUAAAUGUACGAAAACGUGUUUUUCAAUUUUAUUUUCUUCCUAUUGCUUCGAGUUUAAUGAAAAUUAAUUAG